AUGGCAGCGCCUUUGACUUCGAGCGAGGCUUGCAAGUAAUUCACGAGUUAAAACUGCAAAUAGUGAAUGCAGGAGUCUUCUGCAUACUCUUCUUGUCUCUUGUACCGUUGCAAUUCUCGAUUUAUUGCGUUAAUCUGCAGCUAAAAGCUAAUUUUAAGCCUGUAUUAUUUAAUUUAAUUUUAUUAAACUGCGUGUGUUUUUAUGCUUCCCUUUAGUUCAGUAAUGUUUUGGACUCAUGAUCAUGAAGCCAUUCUACGCAGAGAAGUCGUCAAUGUAAAUCCCUACACAACUAAGAAAGGGUCAACACAAAGAAGCAGAAUGUGGGAAAAAAUAGCAGACACCUUGAACAAAUUCACUGUGCCGAAAUUCAGGGUUGAUAAGCGAUCAGUCCGAGACCACGUGGGAAUCCUUGUUUACAAGCAUAAGAAGAAACUUCUAGUGGAGAAAAAGCAACUGGGAUGA